UUUUCCUAGCCUCGUGCGGUUCCCUUUUUCGCCUGUUUACAUCGUGACGCAACCCAAACGUCAAACGGCCCCAGCGCUAUCGGAAUCGACAUCUUCUGGCGGAGUGGAAAAAGUUGUUGAUAGCGCAUAGCAGUCCUCGUUACUUCAUCACACAAGCUCUACAAAAAUGAUCGAACAACAGAAGCAGCGGAUCGAAAUGGAGAUCACCAAACAGCUGGACGAUCUCGACCGCAAUGUGCUGCGGAAAAUGCAAGCCGAUAUGCACGAUUGUGCUGCCCGAUGCUGUAAGGAUUCCGUUUCCUCCAUGGACACGGUGCAGCAGUGCGUCGAGCGGUGCUCUGUCCCUGCCCAGCGAGCCCAGCAGCACGUGGAAACCGAGAUCAACUCGUUCAACAGUCGCCUGCAGCGUUGUGUAAUGGAUUGCAAUGAUACGAUUAAGGACAAGAUGGGACCCAAUCCGUCCGAGGGCGAUAUUGCUAAGUAUACUGCCGAGUUUGAACGGUGUGCGAUUAAAUGCGUCGACAAGCAUGUUGCCAUCUUGCCAAAUAUGUUCGCGAGCAUGCGAAAGGUUCUGCAGAGCAGAUCAUCAUCGUAGAAAACGGGAGGCCCUUGAAAGGGAAGAAUCUGUAGCUACACCCAACUGCAGUAGAUUACAAUUGUGCAUUUAAACGGUAAAGCAGCUGGGUCGCUCGGGGUAGCUGUAUUGGAUAGCAUUUGUACAGAGAACAAAAUUGUAUGGAUGAUAUAAAGUGCAAAGACUGUA